AUGAUUUGUGUUUGUUUCUGGACCGUCGCAUGGAUCCAGUCUGAGAGAGAGGACCACGGCUCUGAGAUCACACUGCCGGACCUGCUCAGUCUGAACCAGCGCCUCCUGGUGGCCAAGGAGCUGGGGGACCAUGUCAGCAAGGACCUCCACAUGGUCCUGGAGCAGAUCAAGAACUUCUCACAAGCAGCGAAUCACACUGUGACCAACACAGCUGGUCCCACAGGUGCACAUGUGACCCUGGAGCAGAUGCAGGAGGACAUCUUGGACAAACCAAACCUGUUUCUGUACCUGCCCCACCUCAGGGAGCACCCCCACAGCCUCCUGCCCAACAGGGUGCUGAGCCAGGGCCGCACUGGAGUGUCCGUGGUGCUGGGGAUCCCCACAGUGAAGCGUGUGAAGCAGAGUUAUGUGGUGGCCACGCUGGGCUCCCUGCUCCUCCACCUCACCUCCUCCCAGUGCCAGGACCUCCUCCUCAUCGUCUUUGUGGCUGAGGUGGUUUGGACUUUUUAUUCAGCAGCUUCAAACUACGUCAUGUGA